ACAUCAUUUGUCGACUGCCUUAUUGAGCAAACACAUCCAGAAAUAGUGGGGGAUUACGAUUCUGAUAUGAGAUAUGCAGAUACACUGUUCACAGAGCAAGAGAGAGGUGUGAGUAUCAAAUCCACUCCCGUCACACUGGUUCUGCCUGACACCAAGAACAAGUCUUUCCUACUGAGCAUCAUGGAUACACCGGGACAUGUGAAUUUCUCUGAUGAAGUGACAGCUGCGUUCAGACUAAGUGAUGGUGUUGUUAUCUUUGUUGAUGCUGCAGAAGGUAUGAUGCUGAACACUGAACGUCUGAUCAAGCAUGCCAUGCAAGAGAAGCUUGCCGUUACCGUGUGUAUCAACAAAAUUGACAGAUUGAUGCUGGAGUUGAAGCUUCCACCAGCGGAUGCCUACUUCAAGCUGAAGCAGAUCGUUGACGAAGUCAACUCCAUUAUCAGCCUGUAUGCUGAAGAUGAUCCCAAUCAGAUGGUAUCUCCUCUACUGGGCAACGUCUGCUUUGCCAGCUCUUACUACAGAUUCUGCUUCACACUAAAAUCUUUUGCCAGGAUCUAUUCUGAUACCUAUGAGGGAAUCAACGAGAAAGAAUUUGCAAGAAGAUUAUGGGGUGAUUUGUACUUUAAUAGCAAAACGAGAAAGUUUUCCAAGAAGCCUCCCACCUCGUCAUCAGCAAGAAGCUUUGUGGAGUUUAUUCUAGAGCCACUGUACAAAAUAUUUGCACAGAUUGUUGGUGAUGUUGAUGAGAGUCUGCCCCGAGUUUGUGAUGAACUUGGAAUCCAUCUGUCCAAGGAGGAACAGAAGCUCAAUAUCAGACCUUUAUUAAGGCUGGUAUGCCGGCGCUUCUUUGGAGACUUUACAGGUUUUGUGGACAUGUGUGUGGAUCAUAUCCCAUCACCUGUGGAUAAUGCCAGAAAGAAAGUUGAACACAUCUACACCGGGCCUAUGGAUUCAGAUCUGGCAGAGGAGAUGGUUUUGUGUGAAGCAGAGCUCUACCCAAAUGAAGAUGGAACUAGUUUCCAUGUGUUUUGGUCGGGUUAUGGGUCACAGCCAACCAGAGUGCGUAAUAGAGAAAAAAGAAGGAGACUCCAGCUAGGCUUACAUCUGUACAGAAUUGAAGUGAAUCGAGUGUCUAGUGGGAACUGGAUUCUCAUCGAAGGUGUUGACCAGCCCAUAGUGAAGACAUCCACCAUCAUUGAUGUGUCCGGACAUGAGGAGGUGUACAUCUUCCGUCCAUUAAAAUUCAACACAGCAUCAGUGAUAAAAAUUGCUGUAGAGCCGGUAAACCCUUCAGAACUGCCCAAAAUGUUGGAUGGUUUGCGCAAGGUCAAUAAAAGUUAUCCUCUGUUAAGCACAAAAGUUGAGGAAUCAGGAGAGCACAUCAUACUGGGAACUGGUGAACUCUAUCUGGACUGUGUCAUGCAUGACUUACGAAAAAUGUACUCUGAAAUAGAUAUCAAGGUUGCAGAUCCAGUAGUAAGUUUCUGUGAGACAGUUGUGGAAACUUCAUCUCUCAAAUGUUUUGCUGAAACUCCAAAUAAGAAGAACAAGUUGACUAUGAUUGCUGAGCCUUUAGAGAAAGGAUUGGCAGAGGACAUUGAGAAUGAAGUUGUUCAGAUUACCUGGCCAAGGAAAAAACUGGGUGAAUUUUUUCAGACAAAAUAUGACUGGGACUUGUUGGCUGCUCGUUCUAUUUGGGCUUUCGGACCAGACGCUUCAGGGCCAAAUAUUUUGGUUGAUGAUACCCUGCCAUCUGAGGUUGAUAAGAAUCUGCUGGUGACUGUUAAAGACAGCAUUGUGCAAGGUUUCCAAUGGGCCACAAGAGAAGGACCUUUGUGUGAUGAACCUAUCAGGAAUGUGAAAUUCAAGAUCCUGGAUGCUACCAUAGCCCAAGAACCUAUUCACAGAGGAGGUGGCCAGAUUAUCCCAACUGCUAGAAGAGUCGCCUACUCGGCCUUUCUUAUGGCAACCCCCAGGAUGAUGGAGCCAUACUUGUUUGUCCAAGUGAUGGCACCUGCUGAUUGUGUUUCUGCUGUUUAUACCGUGCUUGCUAAACGAAGAGGUCAUGUCACCCAGGAUGCACCAGUACCAGGCUCCCCUCUGUACACAAUCAAGGCCUUCUUGCCAGCCAUCGACUCAUUCGGGUUUGAGACAGAUUUGAGAACUCACACCCAAGGCCAGGCAUUUUGUCUGUCUGUGUUCCACCAUUGGCAGAUUGUUCCUGGAGAUCCCCUGGACAAAUCUCUGCAUAUUCGCCCUCUGGAAGCGCAGCCUGCUAACUAUUUGGCCAGAGAGUUCAUGAUCAAAACACGCAGAAGAAAGGGUCUGAGUGAAGAUGUCAGUAUUAACAAGUUCUUCGACGACCCUAUGUUGUUGGAGCUGGCCAAACAGGAUGUGAUGUUGAACUACCCACUCUAG